GUUUCCGCAACUCCUGCACAUGGAUGUCCCCAGACGCACAAGUCCAGCAAGAGUUCCUCAUGAUCCGUAAUGCAAUGCGCCGACUCUUCAAGAACUCUGACGUCUCAAAGUGGAAGUUUAGCGACUACGUUGCUCAUAAGGAGGCUAUGCUAGCAUCGCAGGCGAGCAAGCUCGCAAAUCAGGUUAAGAGCAAGGAAGACGCCCGUUUCGUAUCCUCCUCCAUCUCCUCUGACGUCAAGAAGACACUCACUAGGUGCGGUCUAAAAGGCAACUUUGAAGAGAUCGGAAACUACGGCCGCGCUCUAGGUGAGCAAACCAUCUGGUGCAACGACUGGGAGAACGGCAAGGACGAGAUCGCUCCGUGGCCCUCAAUGGCUGAGAUGAAGUGGGAAGGUGAUGACCGAGCCAAGACAGGCGUUGGUCGCUUCCUUCCUCUUCCCCGUGAAGAAGGUCCUCCAGGCCUCAUGUGGAACCAGCUCCCCGCCAUAGAGCAGUAUCCUAUGGAUCAAGUCUGCAAGAUCCCCACCAUGGAAGACGUCUAUCUCCCCGUCGACUACCAUAUCGAGCCAGACCACGAGUACCUCUGGAACAAGGGCUUGGAGAAGGAGAUGGACGACUUCCUGGAGUCAUAACGACCUCCUUCCACGCACGAAGCCUCUCCCUGUUGCAUUCACGCUUCUACAUCAUGGUCUGCAGGUCAGCUUUCAUCUUUGGAGCACUUCAGGUUUCGCAUCGAUUUGGCUCACGUCCAGCUUCCAACCAAUGUGACUAUUAGCUACU